AGCUCCUCUUUAAAUACACACACAUACAUGAAUCUCCCUACCUGAACACAGGAGGAGGAGGAGUGCUGUCAGGAUAUAAAGUUGAACAUCACACCGACUCUGAUUUUCAUUUGCUCCCACUGAGACUCAAAGGGAAGAAACAGAAACAGCCAUCAGACAUGAAAGGAAAAGGCCUUGUGCUGUUCUUUGUGUUGCCAUUGGUGUUCGGCCAGCAAAAGACCUUCCCCUGGGACGUGCCAGAACAAAACCUUGCUCCAGACCCCAUCAACCCGUGUCUGACUGACCAAGAAUCAUGUGGUUGUUGUGUGAUGCAGAGGAAAAAAUGGCAGUUAGAAGAAUAUUUAAACUCCAGUAUGAAUUCACUGGAGGAUUCACUGGCCAGAGCACAAAACACACUGAGAAACAUAAGAGAGAAUCGAGUGGCGUUUUCUGUGGGUCUAACCGACAGGAGACGCUGUAUUGGUCCGGCAAGGACGGCAAUAAAUGUGGUCUAUCAGAGCAUCUUUAUCAACAUUGGAGAGGCCUACAACUCAUCCACUGGUGUGUUCACGGUUCCACGGUCAGGUGUUUAUAACCUGGCAUUUACCGUGUUCAGCGACGCAGGCUCACCAGGCGCAACGCUGUCCGUCUGUACCAGUAUCAGGAGGAAUGGUGUGGCUCUAGCAGCACUUAGGGAGAUGUAUGAUCAAGACCAGGAGGACCAGGCCACAGCGGUCUUACUUGCGCAGCUCAGAGUCGGCGACCGCAUUACCAUCAGUCUCCACACAGGCUGCUGGCUCUGUGAUGAUCAGAAUCGUUACAACACAUUCAGUGGAUUUCUGCUGUAUGCUACAGAGUGAAGCUCACAUUCACAGACAUUAAAAGCUAAAUUAGUGAGGAGCUCUCAUAGAUGCAAUGUAUUCAACUAUUUGACUUUUUUUUUUUUUUUGACAUUAUUGACUAUUUGAAACUUUCUGCAUUUUUACAUUUUCAAAAAAACUGUUUUGAGUCAGUGAGUCAUUUUGAAGUGCCCACCGGAAUAGAAAAAGACAAACACACACAGACACAGACACACAAACACACACAGUAAGAUAAAUGUUGUAAAAGGCACAGAUGUUGAACUAACAUUAAUAAAAUAAAAUAGAAUUGUUUCUCUAUCAUUUACGUUCUCCUUCCCCUAGUACUUCAUCUCUAUAUAAAAAAUAUUUGGUUGAUUACA